AUGCACAAAAAUGACAAGCCGUGGUUAAAACCAGACAUCAAGGACAUGAUUCGCCGACGGCAGAAGGCAUUCUCAGAAAACAAGACUGCCUUGUGGAAAUACCUGCGUAACAAGGUGAACAGAGAAGUAAAAGAAGCGCGAAAGUCUUUCUACAGGGACAGGGUACAAAAUCUCAAGGUAGAAAAUCCGGCGGAUUGGUACAGAGAGAUAAAGACCAUCCUGAAUAUACAGCAGUCAGAGCUCUCACUCAACAUCCCCGGUCAAGACGAAGCAGACAACACUUUCAUCGCAAACCACAUCAACAAGAAGUUUGCAGAGGUGGCAAAGGGAAGACCGCCCCUGGAUCCUGAACAGUUACCAGCAUACAGGCCCGUCAAGUCAUGCCCACCUGAGGUCAACGUGUGGGAUACCUACAACCGUCUGCGCAAACUGAAGGCCGGCAAGGCGUCGGGGCCAGACCAGUUGAGUACUAGAAUCCUGAAGGAAUUUGCAUGUGAAAUAAGUGGUCCGGUCACAGACAUGAAUGCUUCUUUCAAGGAAGGUUACGUCCCACAAGUAUGGAAGGACGCCACAGUAGUGCCCUUACCCAAGUCACAACCUCCAUCAGUCGACAAACUCAGACCAGUCUCUUUAACAUCUCAACUCGCCAAGGUCACCGAGUCCUUCGUUUCGAACGAUUUUGGAGGACAUAAGUGCGUCACUGGACCAACAGCAGUUUGGUUGCCUAAAAGGCCGCUCUACAACACUGUAUCUGGUCAGCUAGACUUCCUCUGA